ACAAGGAAGAAGAAUCCUCCUUUUGAGUACGCACCACUGGCCGCAUGGCUUCUGUGCAGAUGGAUCCUGAGCUAGCCAAGCACCUCUUCUUUGAAGGGGCCACUGUGGUCAUCUUGAGCAUGCCCAGAGGGACAGAGUUUGGCACUGAUUACAACUCCUGGGAGGUGGGGCCCAAGUUCCGGGGCGUGAAGAUGAUCCCCCCAGGCAUCCACUUCCUGCACUACAUAGUGGACAAGGCCGGGCGGGAAGUGGGUCCUCGGAUGGGCUUCUUUCUUAGCCUGAAGCAGCGGGGGCUGACAGUCCUGCGCUGGAAUGUGGUCCAGGAGCAGAUCGACUUGAUUCCAGCUCCAGAGGCUGAAAUAGAAGAUAUGAAGGCCAAUCUCCAGGAGCUGGACCAGUUUCUGGGACCUUACCCAUAUGCCACACGCAAGAAAUGGGUAUCACUCACCAGCCUCAUCACCGAGGCCACCGCGGAGAAGCUACAACCAGAGAGCCGGCAGAUCUGUGCCUUCUCAGAUGUGCUACCGGUUCUUUCCAUGAAACGCACCAAGGACAGGGUGGGCCAGAACCGACCCGUCUGUGGCACUGAGUGCAAAAGCUACCAGGAGGGCUUGGCCAGGCUGCCCGAGAUGAAGCCCAGAGCUGGAACAGAGAUCCGCUUGUCCGAGCUGCCCACUCAGAUGUUCCCCGCAGGUUCCACACCAGCAGAGAUAACCAGGCACAGCAUGGACCUGAGCUAUGCCCUUGAGACUGUGCUCAGCAAGCAGUUCCCUGGCAGCCCCCAGGGUGUGCUUGGUGAACUCCAGUUUGCCUUUGUGUGCUUCCUGCUGGGCAAUGUGUACGAGGCAUUUGAGCACUGGAAGCGACUGCUGAGCCUCCUGUGCCGGUCAGAGGAGGCCAUGGGGAAGCACCACAGCCUUUACUUCGGCCUCAUCUCCAUCCUAUACCACCAGCUGGGUGAGAUCCCUGCUGACUUCUUUGUGGACACUGUCUCCCAAGACAGCUUCCUCACCAGUACUCUACAGGCCUUCUUUUCCUCCACCUGCAGCGUUGCUGUGGAUGCCAACUUGGGGAAGAAAGCUGAAAAGUUCCAAGCCCAUCUGACCAAGAAGUUCCGGUGGGACUUUGCUCCAGAGCCGGAUGGCUGUGCCCCAGUGGCAGUGGAGCUUCCAGAGGGCAUCGAGAUUUGGCUAACUGAGAAUGCUUAA